CGCCGUUCUUUCUUUCGUUUCUGUCUCUCUUGUUUGGUAGCUUUCGAGCCCUAAACCAUGGCGGGAGCCGACGAGAUCCAUUCGAAGGCCGGCGGAGCAGUGGGCUUCUCCCAAGAAAAUGAAACCGUGUCCAUCCUCCUCAAGAAGCCGUCGUCGGCUCGUGGUCGUCGAAUCGGACUCCGUCGCGGCAGGUCUGUAGGCCUCGAGGUCAAGCGCUCCAUGGAUUCCCCUGAAGAGGGAUCCAAUUCUUCGCCAACGUCCGAUCGGGAUGCCGACGAAGGCAUCUUCGGAAUCAUGGCCGGCGGCGGGGAGAUCCGCGUUAGGGAGGGGCAGGGGACCCGGCUUCCUUGCCUGUCCCACGGAGCCGUUUCGUUGAUCGGUCGGAGGCGCGAGAUGGAGGAUGCGGUCGCGGUGGUGCCGGGGUUCAUCGGGGGAGGUGGGCCGUCUGAGUACGACUUCUUCGGGGUGUACGACGGGCACGGCGGCGCGAGGGUGGCACAGCUGUGCCGGGAGCGACUGCACGUGGUUCUGGCGGAGGAGGCGUCGGCCGUGGGGUGGCCCCGUGCGGAAGGCCGGUGGAGGGAGGUCAUGUCGGCGAGUUUCUCAAGGGUGGACGGCGAGGCGGAGGCAACGGCGCAGGCUGAGUCGGAGAGGACAAUGGGGUCGACGGCCGUUGUGGCCGUGGUGGGGACAAAGCGGAUUGUGGUGGCCAACUGCGGCGACUCGAGGGCCGUGCUCUGCCGCGGUGGUGCCGCUCUUCCCCUCUCCUUCGACCACAAGGCUGAUAGACCAGAUGAGAUGGCAAGAGUGGAGGCGGCCGGAGGGAGGGUUAUCAAUUGGGAAGGGUAUCGCGUCUUGGGAGUUCUAGCCACUUCAAGAUCUAUCGGGGACUACUACCUGAAGCCAUUUGUGAUAUCAGAACCCGACGUGACCGUGACCGAGAGGACCGACAAAGAUGAGUUCCUCAUAUUAGCUAGCGACGGCUUAUGGGACGUGGUGUCGAACGAGGCAGCGUGUAAGAUUGCUAGGCAAUGCCUCAAUGGCCGGAUGGCAAGGAUGUUCCCCGAUGCCGUCGGCGGCUCCACUGCCACCGAAGCAGCUGCUCUAUUAGCUCAACUCGCUGUCUCCAGAGAAAGCGAAGACAACAUCAGCGUGGUGGUCGUACAGCUAAAACCACUCCACGCCAGGACAUCGUGGUGUUCGAAUUAAACAGAUAGGACGCCAGUCCUUCUGGUAUAUCCUUUGUGAUCCAUGAUAUUCUGCAGAUUGCUGUAAGUGGCUCAGACAAGCAGUGAGCCUUCAAUUCAAAUCCAUCUAGGCGAAGCCAGCAACAAGAGCUAGAGCCAUUUCAAAUCUUGUAAUAUAUUCACGGCCACUUAUUUCCUUUUUCCUUGCUUGGCCUAACAGCUAUCGCUCACGCGCAAGAAUCAUGGAAUAGGAGAGAUGGUGACACACAGCCAAUUCAAUUUUUCUUUGCCAGAUGGAAAAAGUCAGCUAAUUGAUUGCGUGCUCCCUGCUCUGUUUUUUGAUGAAUGAUGUGAUUCACUCGUGGUUGACAACUAUUAAUCUUUUGGUAUGGGCAAUACGGACGAUAUCAAUUUGAGUACGUCGUCUAUCUUCUUUUGCAAAUUGCAUUGAUAGUCCGUGAUAAAAGGUGAUUUAUUUUUUCUCAGCGUUUCA